UGGGAAUGAAUACCUAACGAUGAAGACAAGGGAAUACGGAAAUAUGGCACGCUCCACAAUGGGAAGCAAGAUCCGCGAUUUAGAGAAGCAGCGCAUUGAAUAUGAGACACACAAAUCAGAAAUCGUCCGUGCCGCAAUGGAAUGCAGUGCAUCCGACGGAACGAAGAAAUUCAUGUCUCCAACGGAUGGGGUUGGUUCCGAGAAAGCGUCAGUAGCGCCGCGAGGAGCACGCUUCGAGAAACCUACCGUUGCUUGACAUGGGAUCCGGUAGAGGGAAAUGAUGUACGGAUGGGACAAGCAACGAAUCUUACAGCUGUACGCGGAGAGCCUCCUGGAAGACUUUAGAGGGUUGAGUAUCGCAGAUAAGGAGUUCUUGCCCGAUCUGAUAAUGAUACUAGGAACAGGAAGAAGAUAAAGACAACUUAUGCUAUUUAGUAUCUAUUUCGACGAAUACUGAACAUGGGAGGAAGAAGGAAUUAGUCCCCAUAACCGCUUGAGGCAAACUGGAACCUCCCAUGGACAGAAAUCCGCCAGAAACGACAGAGGAAAUACCCACACCAACACGCCCAUGGGCGUGUUGACGUCUACAAGAUGUUUCUAUGCUAUGGCAAGGCCUUUUGCAUAUGCUCUGAGAGUGCUGUCUCUGAAAUACAUGCAGGUUUAUGGGGUUUGACACCAAUUCCUGGGACCAAUUCUUGGAAGACUAGGAACGAUCCCAGACCCAGACGUUCCUAAUCCGCUUCAGUUACUAGCCCCUGCCCGGACUGGGUUCCUGGAUCGAAGGUCAGUCCGCAUCGUUUGGGUUUAUUGCCUCCUGUUUUUUCACGUGUUUGGUGUCGAUCAUGAUCUGUAGGCACUUGUAUAGCCCUCCUGAUUUUUGCGUGGCACACUCAGCUCAGGAUCUUGGCUGAUGGCGCUCACGCUAGCUUAACAUUGGUUCUGCAGGAGAGUAGAGCCAGCCCAUCUGGCUCGGCGUCUCGCAAACACGAGAACUUGGUAAUGGAUUUGCCCAGUGGCUGCCGAUUGCUCAGCUUGAUUAGGCACUGUGCCCCUUACAAAUUAUGGUGUGUCAUCAUUUGCGGAGUGAUCCUCAAGAGCUAGAGGCUACGAUGGAGGUUGUGCUGGCAAGACAAUGCCCAGGUUGUUGGGAUAACCAUGUCUAUGUUGAAAUUAUGUCGGAAUACAUACUUCCUCAAUCUUCGUUUGAGAGGAAGUGAUUGUAGUGACAAUGUAGUCCCCUGCCGUGG